AUCAUUAAUAUCACUAUUUAACCUACGGGCUGACUUGGCCCGUGAUCUUGAAAUGGCGUUAAGGUGGGGUAUAGUAGGUUCUGGAAGAAUUGCUAACGACUUUACAUGUGCUGUACAAAUUCACCCUGAGAAAAAUCACAAGGUGAUAGCAGUGGCGGCGCGUAAGUUGAGUGACGCUCAAGGGUUUGCCAAGCGCCAUAACAUACCAAACGCGUAUGGCAGUUACGAAGACCUUGCAAAGGAUAAGGAUAUAGAUAUAGCGUACAUUGGAGUUUUAAAUCCCGGUCACUUACCUGUUUCGAAAAUGAUGUUGGAUCACGGAAAGCAUGUUUUGUGCGAAAAGCCCUUGGCAAUUAAUAAGAAGGAAACUGAAGAGUUAAUUGCCCACGCCAAAGUCAAAGGUCUAUUUUUGAUGGAGGGACUUUGGUCCCGCACAUUUCCAAUUUAUGAUAUUCUAACGGACCAGAUCGCAAAUAAUACUAUCGGUGACGUUCUGCAGGUGAACGUGGAGUUCGGAUAUCCGUUGGCAGGAGUCGAUUAUGCGAACGUAAAGGAAGAAGCACAAUGUGCAACUAUGAAUAUUGGGAUUUACGCAUUACAGUUUUCACAGUACGUUUAUAGGGGACUGAAACCUAUAAGUGUCACAGUUUCCGGACAUUUAAACAAGUAUGGUGUGGAUGAUGCUACAACAAUUAUUCUCAUGUACCCAAAUGGACGUACUAGCGUACUAACAGUCAAUACACGUGUACAACUUGAGAACUGUGCAACUGUAUAUGGAACGAAAGGAAUGCUAAAAAUUCCAUUAUUUUGGUGUCCAUCCACUAUGAUCACACCAUCCGGAACAAUAGAAUGUGAAUUGCCCACCUCUACAGCAAAUUUCACUUUAUUACGUAGCAACGGCUUAGCUUAUGAAGCGGAGGAAGUUCGAAAAUGUCUUGAGCUAGGCCUUACUGAGAGUCCCAAGAUGACACACGCCGAAUCACUGGAAUUGGCCGAGUUGAUGAAUACAGUGCGACAAUCUUUAGGAGUCACAUUUAAACAAGACGGCUAUUCUAUGGAUUAUUAAAUAAAAAUAGUUUUCUAAUAUUUUUAACAAGUCUUAAAUAAGUAAUUACCAAACAUCCAAAUUGUAUUAAAAUAAUGACAUAAAAGUGUGCAUAUAGGACGCUAUAUCGUAGGUAAGUUUAACUGAAACAAAAACUGACUUCGUGAACAACAUGACCUAUAUAUAACUGUAAACCCUUAAAGCGGAUCUAAAAAAAGCGACAGGGCACCUCGUUGUGACCGUGCCCUAGGCUGUUCGAACCUUCUACUCGUCCCAAUCGUUUAGCUGUAUGGAAGCCGUCUGAACAUCGGCCUUCGCAGCUAAGUGUAAAGGCCCUAGUCUCAGAAGUUUCUCAUGGUUCCAGUGACUCCCAUACAGGCGAGUUUCUGAACCUUUCCUAGCUGCUUCCUUUAUGUUGCCCUUCUACAUGCCCAUAGACAGUCUAGAUAGGAGUCUAUGUUGGCUCCGAAAUACUUCACUGACCUGGUCAGACCCAGUUGACCUCUUUGAAGAGUGAGCCCAUCAAGGUCCGCUUUCCUCUAUUCGUAAAUGGAACAAUCACGGUCUUUUCCCGGUUAACGGAGCGCCAUGGCUACAGUACCAUCUAUCCACCUGUUUCAAGAGCUCCCUGCAUCUCUUUCACGGUGUUUGGAAACUUUCCAGUUAUGACGAUCGUGAAGUCGCCCGUGUAUCACUGUGUAUACGCUCCGUCCUCGUUCAGAGUGUGGAGGAGCCCGUUUAGUACCAAGAUAAAUUUGCACUGAUUAAAGGAAAAAACGCCGAGACACGUCAAAAGAUUUGACAAGGGGGACAACUUUUUAACCAGAAACUAUUUCACCCCCUUUCACCUUCUGCCCCCCAGGGUCAUUCCCUUUGUUUGAAAGGUCUUUCGAAAUCCUCUAUUUUGAGGUUUGAUUUUUUAAAAUCGGUCCAUUCGUUUUCGAGAAAAUUAUAAAAAUUUGGGAAGUAAAAUAUGAAUCAAUAAACUAAUUUUUACUAUCCCAAGAUUCUCACAAAGGUAACUGACAGCAAAUUAAAUUAUCCCAUAAGCCUAUGUUGUUAAAAGGGAAGAAAACGGGUCGUAUUGGCUAUUGACGAAUUCUUUCUAUCCAAUAGCAACAAAUUAGUGAUAUUUUCGUUUGUUUUUGUUUUCU